AUUGUCUUCAUACCGAGUGAACUGCCAGAUCGGAGAGACAGACCGACCCCCUCCAUUCCCUCCCCAGCUUCCCUGUCACGACCCCCUCUCACGUUAGUGAGGGCAUGCAUCCCUGUCUGAUACACGUGUUGUAAGUGAUUAUUGAUACAUGACAGCGCUACUCCGAUAAAAUGACCGCAGUCCUAUGUUUCCCCCUUAUGGUAUCCCCAUUAACGUGCCCCGUUACACCGUAAGGAAAAUUAACAUCUUUACCAGCGUUUGAGCUCUUGGUGCCCCUUUGGGGCCCCAUAUAGUCUACAUGUUGCAGCCGUAUUCAGCGUCCUCGAAAUACUACUCGGCUACUUGAGAAGUUCGAUAUGAAUGCACGUGUACUUGUAAACCAGGAUUAUAUGAAAAAUAUGAACGUGUAAACGAAAUAGGUAUAUCAUUAGCUGAAAAGGCCUCUGCACGUGCAAUUGAAUGACAGGACAACAACAGAGUGACAUCAUGGCAACGUCGGCUUUACGAGAUCACCAGGAGCUAUUGCUUAAGGGGUUACAUCACUUCUACCGCCAAGAACAGCUAUCUGACGUCACACUGAUUGUUGCGGACCGGAAGUUCCCAUGUAACAGAAACGUGCUUGCCUCCACUAGUCCUUAUUUCCGAGCAAUGUUUACAAGCGAAGUUAAAGAGUCCGAUCAACAAAUGAUAACGUUGCAUGACGUCAUACCAGAAGUCAUCGCAGACAUCUUGGAUUACAUGUAUUCGGGAGAGAUUGCGAUUACGGACGAUAACGUACAGAACCUCUAUAUAGCGGCCAACCUCUUCCAAAUGAUGCCUCUAAUCGAUAUAUGUACCGAUCACAUGAUAAGGGAGAUAAGUCUAACUAAUUGUCUGGAUCUUUUUAAUUUUAGUUCCUAUCACUACAACAAAAGACUGAAAGCGUUGUGUAGCACAUUCGUUACGGAAAAUUUCACAGAAAUUUGUAAAAUGGAUAAUUUCUGCUCGAGCAUCGACGUAGAAUUCUUAGAAUUUCUGAUCUCGCGGGAUGAUAUUGACAUAGAACUCGAGGAAACUGUUUAUGAAGCUGUAAUGCAGUGGGUUGAAUUUGACAUUGAUGAACGAAAGCGUCAUCUUGGUAGACUUUUCAAACAUGUCCGACUUCCGCUUUUAGAAAAACAUUAUUAUUUGACGAACGUAGCCCAGAAUCCAUUAUUAUCUUACGACACAUUCAGUAGGACUGUGUUGUCCUACUUCAAUUCGUGUACAAUGGACAAUAUCGACGGCAUCAAUGUCAAGGACAUUGAAGAGGAGGAAUAUGAAUUCCAAAUAUCGGGUAAACGAAGACUUGGAAUGUUUUCUCGAAAUUUAAUCGUCUUUAGCGGUGGAGCGUAUGGUCCGACUGAAAGAUCUUUUACAGCACAUGACCCGGAAACACGCAAGAAUUUUGUUGGAAUAAAACCCCAUCCAACAUUUGAUUUCAAAUACAAACUGGAUUACUCUCAGUUAGUUACUGUGCUGAGGAAAUAUGUAUAUUUUCUGGGAGGAAUUUUUUACGAAAACCAUCACUUCGAGGACGCUGGCCCGGCGCUGAAUACCGUUUACCUUUAUGACCAAAAAUCGAGUUCCUGGAUUCCUAGAGCGCACAUGCUGUUCCCACGAUGUGCAUUCUCUGCCACUGUGGAAGGUGCCAAAAUUUACGUGACAGGGGGCAAACCUACCUUCCCAAAAGGAGAUACUUUUGAUAGUAUGGAGGUAUUUGACACAGAAAUGAAUAAGUGGAACAUUCUGGAACCCAUGCCGUUACGGCUAUAUCAUCACGCGUCCGUCAUUCAUGACGGCGGAUUAUUUGUUUUCGGUGGACAAGAUGUCAUGGACGAAAUGUUGGAAUGCUUUUUUCGAUAUGAUAUAAGGAGUGGUCAUUGGGCUAUAGUGACCAAUUCGUUGCCAAAACCCCGUAUCGAAGCCAGUGCUAUGGUCAUCAGUGAUAAAAUUUAUAUUGUAGGCGGUUCCCACCGGCACGAAAAUGCUCUAAGUGUUGAUAUUUAUGACCCGUCGCUCAACAAAUGGAAACGCGGAUCUGACUUUCCUGACGAACGGAAAUUCACCGCUGUCACAGCAAUUGAUGACGUCAUCUAUGUUUGUGGUGGCGUGCGAGUAUUUGGCCGACCCGGUCGACGUUCAAGGCAUGUGGAAACAAAGGAUUUAUAUAAAUAUGACGUGGCCACCGAUACCUGGACAAAGGUUAUCAAGAUGGUCCAGUUUGCUACUAUAGGAACAUGUACAUCAGCUGUGGUGAAUUAUAAAUAUCUAACCGAAAGUGAAUUUAUAAGUACGACUGCUGAACAGUAGAAAUAAUUCUGUUAGAUCAGUUAUGUGUUAGACUUCAGACACGUAAAAUAUAGAAUGUUUAAAUUUAUAUAAGUUGUCGAGGAUAUUCCAUACAAGUGCCCGAAGUAUGAUGCCAGGAACACAGUUAGAUACCUGAGAGGAAUCUUACGAAAUAAAGUCGUAUUUAUGUA